AUGGAAUCACCAUGCACCACCACUAUAAGAUCCAACUCCUCCUUUUCUCAGCCCAAUCUCCACUCCGUCGAUGAACUAUUCGUCGACCGCAUCCUCCUCCCUCCUCUCCACCUCCUCCCAUCCAAACCCGAUCCACCACCCAAUCCGGAACAAAACAACGACACAGAAGAGAAAGAGAAAGAAAAAGAGAAAGAGAAGGACAAGAAGAAAGAGAUUAAGAAAACAUGUGGCGGAACGGAUUAUGCGACGGAGCUAAACAUUAAUAUACGAUCCUUCUCCAGAAGUAGGUCCGCUAAAAAUGUCAUCACCUGCCUCAAAUUUCUUGCCGGAGCUCCGUCUUCGACCCAAAGAGUGAAUAGCGCGCCAUGUUCCCGGAGCAACUCUACCGGAGAUUCCAAGUCCAGGAAGUGGCCUAGCAGCCCGGGUCGUCCCGGAGUUCAAGUGGACCGGACAAGCCCAGUGUGGCAGGUCCGUCGUACCAAGAACAGCAACAACACCAACGCGCAGAACAACGACGGCGCCGAAGCCAAAAAGAGAGAAAGUACCACGUGUCAACGGAGAGAGACUAAAGCGAGGGUGUUGAAUUAUUUAAAUUAA